CUCCAUCUAUCAACCAAAAACAAAAAUCUGUCUAUCAACAAAAGAACCACACCACUUCACCCUCAGCAUACAAAGAUUCUCUCUCCCUACAAAAAACCAGUAACAGUUGUUCCCUUUCAAAUGAAACCAUCAUCUCUUCCUUAUUCUUCUUGAUUUAUCAAACAUGAACCAAAAUAAGAUUUCUUUUUUUCUCUGAGAAACAACCCUAGAAAUGAGUAGCUUUGAAGAGUCUUUAAGAUCUCUCUCCCUUGACUACCUCAGUCUCCUCAUCAAUGGCCAAGCUUUCUCCGAUGUGACUUUCAGUGUGGAGGGUCGUUUAGUUCAUGCCCACAGAUGCAUUUUAGCUGCAAGGAGUGUGUUUUUUAGGAAAUUCUUCUGUGGACCCGAUCCUCCAUCUGGGUUAGACCCGGUUGGUUCGAGGAUGAGCUCGGGUGGCGCACCGGCGGGGUCCAGGCCUUGUGUUAUACCCGUGAACUCGGUGGGAUAUGAAGUGUUCUUGCUGCUGUUACAGUUCCUGUACAGUGGCCAAGUCUCUAUUGUGCCUCAAAAGCAUGAGCGGAGGCCUGAUUGUAGUGAGAGAUCGUGUUGGCAUACGUAUUGCACCUCCGCCGUUGAUCUAGCUCUCGACACUCUUGCCGCCGCUAGAUACUUUGGUGUUGAACAGCUCGCAUUGCUUACUCAGAAACAAUUGGCCGGUAUGGUGGAGAAGGCCUCGAUUGAAGAUGUUAUGAAAGUACUAAUAGCUUCGAGAAAGCAAGACAUGCACCAACUUUGGACUACAUCUUCCCACCUAGUGGCCAAAUCAGGCUUACCACCGGAUGUUCUCGCCAAGCAUCUGCCCAUUGAUGUGGUGGCCAAAAUUGAAGAGCUGCGUCUCAAGUCAUCUUUAGCUAGACGGUCCUUAAUCCACUACCACGACGAGCUCGCUGCCGAUCUGGAGGACCAAAAGAUCCGAAGGAUGAGAAGGGCAUUGGACUCGUCGGAUGUUGAACUAGUCAAGCUCAUGGUAAUGGGAGAAGGUUUGAAUCUCGAUGAAGCACUUGCUUUACACUACGCUGUAGAGAAUUGCAGCCGGGAAGUAGUGAAGACAUUGUUAGAACUCGGUGCAGCCGAUGUUAACUAUUCAGCCGGGCCUGCGGGUAAAACGCCGCUUCAUAUCGCGGCGGAAAUGGUGUCGCCGGAUAUGGUUGCGGUGCUUUUAGACCACCACGCGGACCCUAACGUAAGAACGGUUGAUGGGGUUACUCCUUUAGACAUCCUUCGAACUCUAACUUCGGAUUUCUUGUUCAAUGGUGCGGUGCCGGGGCUGACUCACAUCGAACCAAAUAAGCUUAGGCUGUGUCUGGAGCUGGUUCAAUCGGCGGCUAUGGUUAUCUCGCGUGAAGAAGGGAGAGUAAACUCACCAACUUCGACGGCGAUAUAUCCACCUAUGAGCGGUGAAGUACAUAACAGCGGCGGCGGCAGUGUAAGCUUGGAUUCGAGGAUGGUUUAUCUUAACCUUGGUGCUACAGACUCAACUCGAAUGGAGGGUGAUGAUGAUAGCAGCAGCCACCGCAACAGUAAAAGAGAAGCCAUGAACCGACAUCACCCAACAAUGUACCAUCAUUCUCACGACUUCUAGCUCCAAACACUUCCUUUCUUCUUCUUCUUCUUCUCUCUCUCUCUAUUAUAUUAAACAAAUGGAUGAUGAAAGACAGACGAAGUGGUAGUAGCUCAUGAGAACUCAUUCAUGAGAGAUGAUUGGAUUUAUAUAUUUGUCAGUGCUUUGAUUUCAAUAACUUGUUCUUUUUUUCCCCCUUGCUGUGGGAGU